AUGGGUGGAGAUCUCAAUCUAAAGAAGAGCUGGAACCCGGUCCUCCUCAAAAACCAGGAGCGAGUAUGGAUAGAGCAAAAGAAAGCGCUCGAGGAGCGCAAACGCAUCGACCAAAUGAUGAAGGAGCGCGCGGAGGAGAGGCAGAUACAAGAAUUGCAGGAAAUGCAGGAAGCCGCCGGUGGGAAGAAACGAUUGAACCGGGUUGACUGGAUGUACUCUGGACCCGCUGCAGGUCAGCUCGGAACAACGGAGGAGAUGGAGGGUUAUUUGCUUGGAAAACGAAGAAUCGAUGGCUUAAUCAAGGGGAAUGAGAAUUCGAAGCUGGAGAAGGCUUCUGGGGAGAGUUCUUUUAUGGCUCUACAGAAUGCGAACACCAUGAAAGAUACUGCUACGAAAAUACGUGAAGAUCCAAUGCUUGCGAUAAAAAAACAGGAGCAGGCGGCAUACGAGGCGAUGAUGAACGAUCCCACACGGCGCCGGCAGCUAUUGAAAGCUGCAGGAAUCGAGACGCGUGAAAAGAAAAGUUCAGAUAAAGAAAGGAAACACCGAAGUCACCGCCAUCGCGAUGGUGAUGAUCGUCGUUCCAGACACAGGUCCAAAAGAUACGACGAAGACGACCGACGGAGUAGCCAUCGUCAUAGACAUCGGCGCUCCGACGGCCACUCUCGAUCUCGGUCAAGGAGCACGAGCCCUCCUCGUCGAUCACACCGAUCACCAUCCCCUCAUCGAAGGCACCGGUCUGAUUCUCCGCGGCCUCGACAUCGUUCUAGAUCACCCUACAGAUCGAGAGACGAUCCUGCUCAAUAUAAAAGGGAGAGUUACCACUACCCAAGACGGUCACCUCCAUAUAAACGUCAAGAGGACAGAGGUGAAAGACGUCGCCAAGCUCCAAACGAUGAAGAACGAGCCGCCCGGCUUGCUGCCAUGCAGCAAGAUGCAAAUGAUCUAGAUCAAGCUCGCAUUUCACGCCUGAACGCGGUUGAAGCGCGUGAAAGAGCAGAGCGUGAAGCGGAAGAAGCUGCCCGGGCGGAAUCGAGUAAAUACGGUGGCAAGGGAGCCUUUGUUAACGGACUCAAUCGCCGCGCUGGGGAUAUCGAUUUGUCGGAUAGAUUGCGCCGUGGAAGACGAAACAUAGAGAAAGAGCAGGAAGCAUAUUAA